CUAGCUGGAUUUGCGGCUAGUGCAAGCAUUAUGGAUAGGACAGAAGUCAAUCCCAAUGUGAUGAUGCCAGGAACUGAAAAUCUAGGCCGCCUUGCCACCAUGUCCAGGGAAGAGUUGCUGCGACAAAAAUUUAUUCUGGAUAUCCUAAAUCAGGUGGAGUUGCCCUUGCAAAAUCCUGAAUGGUUACAGGUACAGCUGGAGGAUGUCAUCGAUCGAACUCAAUACAUUGGGCCACUUGACGAGGACAUGAUGGUUAUGUUGGAUUUAAUGCGUACCAAACGUGUGCUGGGUGCUAAUGAAAUGUGCUCCCUAACCCAAGAGCAACAUCUUCGUCAACUGAUAGGCCUAUAUCGUCUGAUGGUUCGUUGCCGCAGUUUUGAAAUGCUUCAGCGUCUAGCUAUCUAUGCCCGGCAAAAUAUUAAUCCAGUGCUAUUUGUGAAUGCAUUGACCUUAGCCAUAGCUGACCGUGAGGAUACCAGAAUGCUGAUAACACCAGCCAUCUAUGAAAUUCUUCCUCGGUUAUAUAACAAAGCUGCUUUACUUCGACAAGUGGAAAAUGUACAACGUGAUGUGAUGAUUAAUGGCAAUGUGGUAACAAUGCGCUCCAACAUUAUGGAUAUAAUUGAUAUGGGACAAAAAUCGCGGCUAAUGAAAUCACGUCUCUCCCAAAUGCCUACCACAGCGAAUGGAAUGAUAGACAAAUCUCAAUUGUGGAUGCCAUGGCGAAAUAUGCGUAUGCAGUUGGCUCUUCAAAAGACUCUGGGUGGUCGGGUUAUUAUGCCACCAACUACAACAGAUACCACCAGCACCCCCACGCAUCGCAUAAUGGUGCGCAUGGCUGAUGAUGAUAAGCCCAUGGGUUUACUGGCCGAUGAUAUGGGCUUGAGAGCAUGGCUUAACAUUUUACUAGAUGAACUUAUUUUGGAACAAGGCAAUCGCCAAAAUGCUCUAAGCCAUGUUGACAUGGAUCAAAGAUUGUCGAGGCCUGUUAACCAAAUAAGGAGCAAAAAUAUUCCAGCUGAAAACGAAAUGCCAAGUAAUUCUUUGAACAACAAUCUUAAUCGUUGGAGCGAUAAUAUGGCUAGGGAAACAUCAACCGACAAUAGACGAAAUCUUCCAAUGCCAAGGCGAGAAGAAAUGCCCCACUCUAUGGAUCGUAAUGCUGAUAUGGAAAAUCGAAAAUCCAAUAUAGAUAUGCAAAAAGAAUGGAAUCGCGAUGUUUCUAUGAUUGGACAACAACAACAGGAUGAUAUGAUGAAGAGGAGCAAUCCACAAAUCCUCGAUUCAAUGGAAUAUCGAACAACUCGAGUGUACGCUGAAAAAAAUAUUCCCAACAUGAAGGAAGAAAAUGAUAGUAAUGGUGAUAUGAUGAAAGCCCGUAUGGGUUCCAGAAAGCUCAUACAUGAAGAUUUAUCUACGUUGGAAAGAAGUCGCGAAUCAACCACUGAAGGUGAUAGGGAGAAUGCCCGUAUGAUGCCCAGAAAGCACUUAGACGAAGAUUUGCCCAUGGUCGAAAGGAGACGAGGAUCAACCGAUGAAGAUGAUUGGACAAAUGCUCGCACGACCCCCAAUAUGAUGCUUAGAAAGCACUUAGAUGAGGAAUUGCCUACGACUUCAAUUGAUAAUGACGGACUGCUUCAUGAUAGUGGCAGAAGACUUAAUCUCCUACACAGAGAGUUAAUGGGAAAAAUGAACCGCAAUCCAAUAGAAAUGCAACAAAAUCAAAACAGUCAUAUUAGAUCCAAUAUUGGACUUCCUUGGGAGCGUAAGGAAACUACAAACUUACGCAUGGAAGAAAAUGAUGAUGAGGAUAUUCCCCGAGUUGGAGCUAGUAGAUUGCAUUUAAUUCAUGCCGAUUUACAUGGUAAGGAAAGUUGGAAUCCACUCCAAGCACGCCCAAGUUUAGAGCGCCAAGCUAAUACCAACAUGCGAAGUUCCUGGGGAAUGCAAGAGGGCACCAACGAGCGCUUGGAUGACGUCCUGCCCCGAUUGCCUCAGAGUGGGGGAAGAAACCCACAUUUAAUCCAUAACGAUAUGCUGGGCAAGAAGAAUAUAGAUCGUCUCGACCUAAACAGUAAUGCAAUGAUGCGAGACAAUGAAGAUGGCACACCCAAUUGGUGGACAUCUCAAGAUAUGCCUCGACGUCUUCCUCGAAGCAUCGAUCGAAUGCUAAAUGGCAAUGACCGUAUGCGCAUGGGACAAAUUAUCUUGAAUUCCAUGCAGGAAUUGGUAGCUCGUCUCAAUGUGGAACAAAUGUCCUUAGAAAAGGACACGCUCAAAGACAACAAGAAAAUUAUGACCGAGAGCAAAAUGUCUCUUGACACAAUGCUCAAUGAUAUGCACAUGGAUGAACAUUCAAGACUUGUGGUUAUGGAAAAAAUGAAUGAAAUUGCUGCACGCUUGGAAAGCUCAAUGCAACAGGCUAUACAACAUUUAUCCAAUAGGCAAUCGUAUAAUGAUCUCAUGAAUGUAGAAAUGGACAAAACUCACGCUCUGCAUAUGGACCAAAUAGCAAUGGGAGAAAUUUUACAUGAGAUUAUGGCUCUUAGCGAAUACGUUCAAGAUGGACAGAUUUCAAACAUCAUGGAAAACUCUGUGACUCAGCUUCUAUUGCGUCAUAUUGUUAAUUGUGUCGAACAACAAAUGCAAAAACUACAAAGAGAACGUUCUGUGAAGGAUAUAAUGGUCGCUGGAGUCCAUAUCAACAAUGUCAAGGUUGAUAAGCUACAGACAUUUAUAGAAGUUGCCGAUGUAGAUUUGAGCAAUAUGCUCGGCAGGGGAGAAACUCAAACCAAGCAAACAAUAAUUGGUCGCAUGCCUCGUCUUAAUCAUAAAACAUUCUCCAUCAACAUGGAUAUGAACUCUGAUCGCAAUCAACGUGUAGUUGUACGGCUUCUCUUGGCACCUAAAAACGAUGCCAUGGGCAAUGCGCUUUCAUUGGAUCAGUUGAGGCAACACGUUAUGCUCUUGGAUAUAGUCAAUAUUGAGUUGAAAGCAGGUCGCAAUGUCAUCAAACGUAAAUCGCGUGAUAUAACAUGGACCAGCCGAGAUGUUACACCAUAUUCCGAAAUGUAUCAGCGUGUAAUGAAAGCCUUACAAGGAGAAAUGGAUUGGAUGGCUGAUGUCAUUGUUGGUCAAACAAAUAUGAUGCCCCAUCGUCUGCUGCUGCCUCGUGGCCAUGUCGACGGUCUUCCAAUGCAACUAAUGGUGGUUGUCACUCCAGCUUCCGAAAUGAGACAAGAUUUGACUACCACCCGCUUGGGUAUGGAUUCCUGGUUAAUAGAUGAUCUUCCCACACACUAUCCAAUGGAUCGUCAAAUCAUAAAUAUGCAAGAAAUGCUUAUGCUCCCGAAUGUGUGCCUCACCGAUGUGAUGAUUUAUCAUGAGAAUUAAACUAAAUUGAUCAGACCCAAUAAGAAGCUUCCAAACGACG